UUUUUUUUUUUUUUUUUUCUUUUUAAAAAAUGAGUCGAGAUGAAGAAUAUGACUACCUGUUCAAAGUUGUCCUUAUUGGUGACUCAGGUGUUGGAAAGACAAAUCUAUUAAGUCGUUUUACUCGUAAUGAGUUCAAUUUGGAAUCCAAAAGUACUAUUGGUGUAGAGUUUGCCACUAGAAGUAUUCAAGUAGAUAAUAAAGUGAUCAAAGCUCAAAUUUGGGAUACAGCUGGUCAAGAAAGAUACCGCGCUAUUACUAGUGCAUACUAUCGUGGUGCUGUUGGAGCCUUGUUAGUAUAUGAUAUCUCAAAGCAUUCAACUUAUGAAAGUGUUGAUCGAUGGUUAAAAGAACUCCGUGAUCAUGCGGAUUCUAAUAUUGUUAUUAUGCUUGUUGGUAAUAAGAGUGAUUUGAGACAUCUGAGAGCCGUUCCUACAGAAGAAGCCAAGCAAUUUGCCUCUGAUAAUGGAUUAUCAUUUAUUGAGACAUCUGCUUUGGAUGCAACUAAUGUUGAUCAAUCGUUUCAGCAAAUUCUAACAGAAAUAUAUCGCAUUGUAUCCAACAAGGCUUUGGAAUCAUCCAACAAUACAAUCAAACCUACUACUGGACAAACCAUCCUUGUCUCUCAAACACCUGAUGAGAAAGCCAAACAGGGUGGUGGAUGCUGUUAAUCUUAAUAAACUGAAUAUUUUGUUGAUAUGAUUUUAAUCUCUUGUGAGCCUCGAAUGGCCACAUGUGAAAUGUAUAUUAACGAAUCUUUAAGUGCUCAAGCAUACACACUCUCUCGCCCCCCUCUCUCUUUUUCUUCCCCCUUUUCUUUCUCUUUUCUUUUCUUUUCUUUUUU